GAGAGAGAGAGAGAGAGAGAGUCGCCAUGUUUCUCCUCAUCAUUCCUGAAACACACUCAGUGGCGGCGGGCAGAUGAGACAGAAUCACCCCGUCACCCCACAUCCACACCACCACCAUCCUCCUCCUCAUCUUCACCCCAUCAUCAUCAUCUGACGGAUUUCAUCCCGCGGGCAGGACUUAUUUUCAAGGAAUUAUUCACGGGAAUAGGACUAUGGAAAACUAAGCGACACUCAAUCGGUGCCUUUGGAGAACUUCGCUAAACUCAUUAUUGCGGACAUAAACAUAUUUUAUUCAUCUUUUCCACGCACGUAAUGCCUAAAUAUCACAGUUGGGGGGCGUGUCAUGUUAUUCCUGUUUGUUUUGAGGAAAAUUCUCUUUGAGGACGAGCUAAAAUCUGUUAGCCUGCUAGCCAAACGUCUUUAUUAGCCGGAUCAUUAGCAUCAGUUAUUUUAACCCGUUAAAGUUGAACAAACUGGGGAUGUUUUACAGUCUCUAUACAUGACAUGGUUUGACACUAAUACUUGUUAAUAUUACUACACUGUUUUUUGUAUUUAUAUGAGAGAAAGCUAGUUGAGAUACAUUGUGUCGCGGGAAUGUUGUUAGCUCGUUAGCUUGAGUAGCUACAGAAAAGGCACUUAAAUGUAUGUAGAUUAAUAUUUAUCAAACGCAAGAGAUAAAUUACAGUUUUAUAUAAACGUGGAAGGUGUUUUUGGGUAAAUGUCUUAAAUUGUUAUUUCCCCCCCCAUUUGGUGGUUUGUUGAUCUUCCACUGAGUGCGUUAAAAGAUGUAGUGAAAAGUUUUAUUUGGUAUGAAACUAAAAUUAUUUUUGAGUUUACUGCAGUUUUGUGACUGCAUUUUACUGUGAUGAUGGGUGGAUUAUAUUUAUAGCUAUUUAGACAGAUCCCCUCCAAAGACUGUUCGUGUAUUUGCAUUGAUUUUAAUAACAUUACACUACAUUUUUUUGGGACUGACACUCGUUUUGCACCAUGUCUGGAGAAGUGCGUUUGAAAAAGCUGGAAAAACUGAUUCUGGAUGGUCCUGUCCAGUCCAAUGGACAGUCUUUUAGUGUGGAAACUCUUCUGGAUGUUCUCAUCAGCCUUUAUGAUGAGUGCACCAACUCCCCACUCAGAAGAGAGAAGAACAUUGCAGAGUUUUUGGAAUGGGCCAAGCCGUUCACCUCUAAAGUGAAACAGAUGCGAUUGCACAAAGAGGACUUCGAGAUCCUGAAGGUCAUUGGUCGAGGAGCUUUUGGCGAGGUAGCAGUUGUAAAGGUGAAAAGUUCAGACAAGGUGUUCGCCAUGAAGAUCCUCAACAAGUGGGAGAUGCUGAAAAGAGCAGAGACAGCUUGUUUCCGGGAGGAGCGGGACGUGCUGGUAAACGGGGACUGUCAGUGGAUCACCAGACUCCACUACGCCUUUCAGGAUGACAACUUCCUGUACCUGGUGAUGGAUUACUACGUGGGUGGUGACCUCUUGACUCUUCUCAGCAAGUUUGAGGACCGUUUGCCAGAGGACAUGGCCCGAUUUUACCUGGCUGAGAUGGUUCUGGCAAUCGAUUCUGUGCAUCAGCUCCACUAUGUCCACAGAGACAUCAAGCCAGAUAACAUUCUGCUGGACGUGAACGGACACAUUCGGCUCGCAGAUUUCGGCUCCUGUCUUAAACUCACAGAGGACGGAACGGUGCAAUCCUCUGUCGCUGUGGGUACUCCAGACUACAUCUCUCCUGAGAUCCUGCAGGCCAUGGAGGACGGGAAAGGGAAAUAUGGGCCGGAAUGUGACUGGUGGUCACUGGGGGUCUGCAUGUAUGAGAUGCUGUACGGGGAAACUCCUUUCUAUGCGGAGUCCCUGGUGGAAACGUAUGGCAAGAUUAUGAACCACAAGGAGCGGUUCCAGUUCCCUGCUCAUGUGACGGACGUAUCUGAAAAUGCCAAAGACCUGAUCCGCAGACUCAUCUGCUGCAGAGAGCACAGGCUGGGUCAGAACGGCAUUGAAGAUUUCAAACAGCACCCUUUCUUUUCCGGCAUUGACUGGCAAAACAUCCGCAACUGUGACGCCCCCUACAUCCCUGAAGUCAGCAGCCCAUCUGACACGUCAAACUUUGACGUGGAUGACGACUGCCUCAAGAACACGGAGACAAUGCCGCCUCCUUCCCACACCGCCUUCUCAGGACACCAUCUCCCAUUUGUAGGAUUUACCUACACCAGCAGCUGUACUCUGUCUGACCGUGGUUGCCUGCGGGAGUCUGCGGCACCUGCACAAAUGGAUGUGUCCGUGCAGCGCGGCCUGGAGGACAGUCUGGCCACUGAGGCGUACGAACGGAGGAUCCGCCGUCUGGAGCAGGAGAAGCUGGAGCUCAGUCGCAAACUACAAGAGUCUACAAAAACGGUUCAGGCUCUGCAAUACUCCAGCGGGGACGGACCUGCUUCCUCCAACAGAGAAGUUGAGAUCCGUGGACUGAAGGAGGAGUUAGAAAUGCUAAGGAAACAGAUCGCAGAUACAGGACAGGUGGAGCAGCAGUUAGAACAGGCCAGUUCUGCCCGCAGAGAUCUGGAGGACUCCUCCAAACAGAUCCGAUCUCUGGAGAAACAGCUCAAGAGCAUGAAGCAGGAGAGAGAUGACCUGCAGAAGGGUCUGCAGGAAUCCUCAGAGAAGUUGAAGACUCAAGGGAAGGAGCUGAAGGAGGCGGACAGCCAGAGGAAACUGGCCAUUCAGGAGUUUGCAGAGGUGAGCGAGAAGGUGACGGAGCUGCGGUCACACAAGCAGCGGCUCUCCCGACAGCUCCGGGACAAAGAGGAGGAGAUGGAUUCCCUCAAUCAGAAGGUGGAGGCGCUGCGGAUAGAAGUGCGCAAAGCCGAGCGGGCCAAGAAAGAGAUGGAGGCCCAGGCUGAAGAGUGGUCUGCUGAAACUCAGAAAGAGAAGAAGCUGAGGGAACGCAGUGAGCAGUACAGCAGACAGCUGGAAGAGGAGCUGGAGGGAAUGAAGCAGAAGCAGGUGGGCCGUUCUCCAAGCGUUGGGUCAUCUGAGCAGCACCAGGAGCUCAGUAAAUUACGAGCAGACCUGGAGAAAAAGACCACGUUCUAUGAGGAAGAGCUGUCACGCAGAGACCAACAACAUGCCAACGAACUGAAGAACCUGAAGAAGGAGCUGCGGGAGUCAGAGGGACAGCAGCUCACCUUGAAGAAAGAAAUCAUGAUGCUCAAAGACAAGCUGGAGAAGACCCGCCGAGAGAGUCAGAGCGAUCGAGAGGAGUUUGAGACCGAUUACAAACAGAAGUACGAGAGAGAGCGAGUGCUGCUGUCAGAGGAGAACAAGAAACUUUCCAGCGAACUUGACAAGAUGAUGUCUUCGUUUGAGAAGUUGAGCUGCAAUCACAAAAAGCUGGAUGAGGAGAUGAGAGAACUGGCGGAUAAGAAAGAGAGUGUGGCCCACUGGGAGGCCCAGAUCACAGAAAUCAUUCAAUGGGUCAGUGAUGAGAAAGAUGCUCGAGGUUAUCUGCAGGCUUUGGCCACUAAGAUGACAGAAGACCUGGAAGGUCUGAGGAACACCAGUCUGGGUGCACGUGCUACUGACAUGCCAUGGAAGGUGAGACGUUUGGCUAAGCUGGACAUGUCUGCGCGUCUGGAGCUGCAGUCUGCACUGGAUGCCGAGAUUAGAGCCAAACAAACCAUCCAGGAUGAGCUCAACAAAGUCAAAGCAUCGCAUAUGGCCACAGACUGCAAGCUGGAGGAGUUGGAGAAGAAGAACCAGGACCUGCAGGCAGAGAUCCAGAGGCUGAAACAGGAAACUGAGAAUCUGCACACGUCUAAAGGGGUCAAGCACCAAGACUCCCAGAAUUCCUUCCUGGCAUUCCUCAAUGCUCCGACCUCGGCCCUGGAUCAGUUUGAUCGCUCCACUGCCUGUGGGCCGUCCGGCAAAGGCAGACGUAUCGACUCCAUUGAUAACUUCAGCCUGUCCAACACACCAUCCCGGGAGGAAGAUGGAAGAUCCCAGGUCACGUCCCACUCUCGCUCACCCUCAACCACCAGCGAUAUGGAGUCUCAAGAGCAGGUAGAUCAGCCACAACGAGGUGCACAAACUCCCAUGCGGUCAGGAUACAGUAGCUCUGCUCACAGCACACCUAAACCAAAAGCCCAUCAGUUUGUGGUGAAGACCUUCAAUGCACCCACUAAAUGUAACCAGUGUACGUCUCUAAUGGUGGGACUUAUCCGACAGGGCUGUUCGUGUGAAGUCUGUAACUUCUCCUGUCAUGUGACGUGUGCGGACAAAGCUCCUGCUGUGUGUCCGAUUCCACCGGAUCAAACCAAAGGACCGCUGGGUAUCGACCCCCAGAAGGGCAUCGGCACAGCUUAUGAGGGGAAAGUGCCCAAACCAUUAGGUGUGAAGAAGGGAUGGCAGAGGGCCAUCGCUGUGGUCUGUGACUUCAAACUCUUCUUAUACGAUCUCCCAGAGGGCAAAGCUGCUCAGCCUGGUGUCGUGGUGAACCAGGUUAUUGACAUGAGGGAUGAGGAAUUUUCUGUUAGCUCAGUUUUGGCAUCAGAUGUCAUUCAUGCGAACAGGAAGGACAUUCCCUGUAUUUUUAGGGUCACUGCAUCACAACUCUCUUCAUCCAGCAAUAAGAAAUGCUCCAUCUUGAUCCUAGCUGACAGCGAUCAGGAAAGAACCAAGUGGGUCGGCCUCCUGAACGAGCUGCACCGUCUCUUGAAGAAGAGCAAACUGAAAGAACGCUUUGUUUACGCCCCUAAAGAAGCGUACGACAGUACCUUGCCUCUCAUCAAAACCACACAGUCUGCUGCUAUUAUAGAUCAUGAGAGGAUAGCCCUGGGCAAUGAGGAAGGAUUGUACGUUAUUCACGUUACCAAAGAUGAUAUUAUCAAGGUAGGAGACAAUAAGAAGGUCCGUCAGAUUGAGCUGAUCCCAUCAGAACAGUUAAUCGCAGUGAUAUCGGGCCGAAACGGCCAUGUACGGCUUUACCCAAUGACAGCCCUGGAUGACCGUGAGGCCAAUUUUCACAAGAUAGCGGAGACCAAAGGCUGCCAAGCUCUGGUUUCUGGCACGAUCAGACAAGGAUCUCUCACAUACCUCUUCGUGUAUAUGAAAAAACCUGACAAGGUGAUGAUCUACGAGCUCAACAAGAGCAAAACACGUCAUCGGAAGCUGCGGGAUAUUUUCAUCCCGGGAUCCGUGCAGUGGAUGGGUCUCCAGGGCGACAAGCUCUGCGUGGGCAUCCAGGCCGGGUUCCUGCGCUUUAAUCUUCAGGGGGAUGAACCUCCCUUUAGCCUCCUCCACCCUGACGAUCACACCCUGGCCUUCAUCGAGCAGCUGAGGCUGGACGCUCUCUGCGCAGUGGAGAUCUCCAGUAAAGAGCUGCUCUUGUGCUUCAGCAGUAUCGGCGUGUACGUGGACUGUCAGGGCAGACGGUCACGACAGCAGGAGCUGAUGUGGACGGCUACACCCACCGCAUGUCGUUAUAAUGCACCUUAUCUGUCAGUGUAUAGUGAGAAUGCAGUGGAUGUAUUUGACGUCAACACUAUGGAGUGGAUUCAGACGAUGCCUUUGAAAAAGGUUCAUCCUCUGAACGCUGAUGGCUCUCUAAACCUGCUGGGGCUGGAGACCGUACGGCUCGUCUACUUUAAAAACAAGACAGCAGAGGGAGAUGAGCUGGUGGUGCCAGAGACAUCUGAUAAGAGCCGCAAACAGAUGGUGCGCAGUAUGACGAGCAAACGCCGCUUUUCGUUCCGCGUGCCAGAGGAGGAGAGAGUUCUGCAGAGGAGGGAGAUGCUGAGAGACCCAGAAAUGAGGAAUAAGUUGAUUUCAAACCCAACAAACUUCAACCAUGUGGUUCAUAUGGGCCCGGGAGACGGGAUCCAGAUCCUGAAAGAUCUGCCAAUGCCCGGUUCUCCUCUCCCCUCUCCUCACCUGCGCCUCAUCUCCACCCCUACAAGCUUUGAGCAUGUCUAUCACAUGACUGUCACCUCUGCUGACAACUUCCUGUCCCAGGACUCCUCCCCUCUCUCCUCACGCUCCCUGUCCCUCAGCUCCGCCCCCGGGACCCCUGCUUCCGUCUGCUCUCUGAAUAUGCGCCCUCAGGAGAGCCGUGGUGUCCUGGGAGCAUCCGUCAGUAUCCCCUCCAUCAGCAAGGCCAGGCCUGAACCAGGCCGAUCUAUGAGUGCCAGCAGUGGCCUUGGCACACGCUCCUCCUCUCAAAAUGGCAGUGCACUGAGACGGGACCUUUCUGUUGGCAGCUACGGUUCCACCAAACGGCAGAUGACGUCUGAUGGCUCGCUGUCAUCCGGAGGGGGCAUUGAUGCCCCCCUGUCCCAUUUUGACAGAGAGUGGCCGGGAGUGUCACCUACAGAGAAGACUCCUGAUCUGAAAAGGGCUUUAAGGACCCUGCUUAGUAAGCUGAAGGAUUCAGACUCGCCACGUCACUCCACGGCCUCCAACAGCUCUAACCUGAGCAGCCCACCGAGCCCUUCAUCCUCACACAAGAGCAAGUCUCUGGAGCGCGGUGAGCACCUGGGCUGGGAGACAUGAGCUCGGCCCCUAUCCCACUUCCUUCUGACGUCCUGUGGGGCCCUGAGAGAGACCGAGAGCCGACUCCUUAUACGUCAUAUUCCUAAACACGCUGCUGGGCCCAGGUGUGUGUGUUUGCGUGUAUUAGUGUGCAUAUGCAUUACACGUGUGAUUGUUGUACACACGCACAUUACCGUGCACCUUACAUCCCUUUUGAGUGGACCCAUCACCACACUUCCUGUUCCUGUGAUGAUGGGGGAACAGACCACUGAGUGUAGCUUAUCACCUACCGCCACCGGUGUGGACGGGGUCGAAAACGACCAAGACAGAGCUUUAACCUGAAUUUAUCAGUGUUUGUUGACGAGUGUGCCUCAUCUAACACAAGAAAAAAAAUAUGCAUUCAGAAGUCUUAAUGGACCGGGGGGAUGUUACUUUAAACGCAUAACACUAAAGAUCAUGAAAACAUUCAUCGUGGAUCAUGGAAAACUGUUCGUGGCAUUCCAAUCCGUGUGAUAAAACAUGAACACUUCAAUUGAGUUCAGCCCCAAUCGAUAGAGCGGCACUACUGUAUAACUCAGCCUCUACCCUCCAGUGCCAUGCCGACCUUCACAGUCAGAGGUCAGAGUUCAACAAUAGAUUCUGAGUUCAAUAAUGUAAAUAGAGUUUAAGUAGAGUAUAAUAUAUAAUGAAAUCAUAACUCUAUUCUGUUGUUAAAUAAGUGUGACUUGGCUUUGAGAGAGUCGUCUUUCCUUUUUAUUUUCCCGGUCAAGGUUCUAGUGUUUUAUGAAGACAUUUUAUGUCAAUUUAAGCAUUAUUUUGUCAAGAUAUGCUAGUUUUUCAUAAUUCCAUUGAAAUUGUCAAGAUUUGCAAGGGAACACUACAAAAAAAAGUAUUGGGCCUCAUUCAUGAAACACAAGGAGAGCCAUUCUUAUGUGCAAUUUUCCAUUGAAUAUGACGUUAACAAGCUUGCAGUGAAAUCAUUCAUAAAAACAUCCAUGCUUAAAUUGUUGCAUUAAACAUUCACAUUCAUAAAAUCUUGUAUAUUCUAUAACUGAAAGCAAGGUACACGAUUCUACAGCAAAUUGUUUGUAUAACAAUUCUUGCUUAAUUGUUACAUUUUGUAAAACCAUUCUUGCAUAAAUUUUUGUAUUAAAUGCAAGCUUCACAUGGUUGCCAUUAAAUUUCACCACAAGGUCUCCACAGUGAAGUUUUUCAUAAAUCAUUAUGUAAAUUGUCGUUUGAAUUGUCAUCAUAAAAUAGUUUGAACUAAUUCUUGAGUGAAAUUGUUGCACUGAAUGUGAGACACAGAAGACAAAAGUGAAGUUGUUUGUAAAAAAAAAACAAAACAAAAACAUUCUUGCGUAAAAUUGCUUUGAAUACAUUUACGAGGGGCAGCAGUGAAA